AGAGGCUGUGGCUCGAGUCAACAUGCUACGUAGAAACGAACACUUUAAACGAUAGAGGAGAAGUGUGUAAGAAUGUUUUCACUGGCGUCAAAGUCACACACGCCAAUCCAACUAAUUGCAUCAUUUGUCCGUAAACAUGAUCAAGCAAGUCGGCGACAAGCAUCCAUACCAGAGCGCCCGCAACGAGAUCAAAUGCCACCAUUCAUUUCCAGUUGAUAUUUAUCCGUCAAGCCAUUUUAGCUCAGUGCGGGGAAAAUGCCAAUCCAAUUUGGCUCACACAAAAUUCUGCAUCUCGGAGUGCUACUUUUAGGGUGCAUUUCGGGCGUUUGUCCGGCCAAUAUCGUGAUCCUGCAUCCGGCCUACUCGGGCAGUCAUCAUAUCGCAUUGCGAAAUUUUGGCGACCACCUCGUGAGUCGCGGCCACAAUGUGACUCAGAUCAAGUUCCGAAUGAGCAAUGCCAACCAUGUGGCAAAUACACAAGUCAACAUCCUCGACCUGGCUCUCCAGGAUCCGGAGGGCACUUGCGCCUAUGUCAACCAUCAAGGUGAAAUGGAGAUCAACAAAGAGGUCGGUCAACUGUUAUGGAACCGCGGGGCGGAUUUGACCACCCUGCCCCGGGACUUGUUCUGCUUGGCCGGCGUGCAUUGCCAAAGUCUGUUUUACGACCCCGACGUGAUUCGAUUAUUCAACGAGACCCGUUUUGACUUGGCCAUCGUGGAUUUAAUUGCCAAUGAGUGCGGCGUGGCGUUGGCCAAGAGCGUACACGUGCCCAUUGUCACGUUCUGGGGGUUCUCCUUUCAAGGGGGUGAGGUGGCCCUCACUUCGAAUUUCAACAACCCCGCCAUCGUGCCCACAUUCUUCUCGGCUUUAGGGAUCCGGAUGAACUUCCUGGAGCGGACCUACAACUUUGUGUUGAGCAUGAUCCACUAUGGAUUUGAAGUGCGUCAAGCCAACAUUGCUCAGGGAUUCAUAAGCGAGCGCUUCCCAGAUUUACCGCCAGUUGGACAGAUGAUUCACGACUUAGACAUGCAUUUUGUCAACACUGAUUUCUACGUGGACACGCCCAAGGCCAUGUCGCCCAACACGAAGUACAUUGGAGGUAUUCAUCUGCGCGAAGGCCAUCCCUUGCCCCAGGAAUAUGACGAUUUUUACCGGGACGCCCAUCAUGGAGUAAUUUUGUUUUCCAUGGGCUAUACCGGGUUUCACCCGGAGGCCGUCCCUUCAUCGGUGAUCGCCAACUUCUUGACAGCUUUCGGGCGAUUACAACAGAAGGUCAUAGUCAAAUACGACAAGGACUUUAUUCCUUUCACACCAUCGAACGUGAUGGUGGUUGAUUGGGUGCCACAGCAAGACAUCUUAGCCCACCCCAAAACCGUGGCCUUUGUCUCCCAUUGCGGAAUGUUCGGCGUAUCGGAAGCCAUCUAUCAUCGGGUUCCAAUUGUGGGUGUCCCCAUUUUCGGCGAUCAGGUCGAUAACGCUAAGCGUUUGGAGGACUCGGGAUUGGGAGUGCGAAUCUUGAGCAAAGAUGACGCCACCGCCGACUAUAUUUACGACCAAUGCAUGGCCGUGCUUACCAAUACCAGUAUACACGCCAAGGUUAACCAUUUUGCGGACAUGUGGAGGGAUCGCCCCUUGAAACCCGUGGACGAAGCCACUUAUUGGAUCGAGUUCUUAAUUAAGCACCAGGACGUUAGUUUCCUUAGAAUCGACGACUAUCAUCUCAGUUUCGUGCAGUACUUCUGUUUGGAUGUCAUCGGGUUCCUUCUCCUAAUAGCGGUGUGCAUGAUGAUAUCAACUUUUGUGAUCCUUGAUCGAUUGUACAAAUGCUGGAAAGCCCAGCGACCUCAGAUUCCAGAACCAACUCGGAGAAAACACAAGAAAAAGAACUUUUGAAUGCAAUUUAACAUGUUGUUCGGUAUAGCGUGGCUCUCGUACUGAGACAUGAAUGUCCUAAACCCUGUUCAAGGAUUUCGAAGCCAACACACCACGGAUAUAUUCAGAGUUGUUAUUGAAGUAAUGCAUUUUUCCGUUAUUCAACCAAGGGAUGUGACUUGUGAAUGAUGUAUGCCUUGUCUGACGAUGUGCCCUGUAAUUCAGGUUAUUUCUACUCGUCAUUUGAUUCAAUUAAUAAUAACUAUGAACUGCCAUCUUAA